CUUAAAAAUUUAAAUGAGGUUGACAUCUGCUACUCCUCUGUGGUCAUCCCCCGGCUGCUGGCUGAUUUCCUCACCACCGACAAGUCCAUCUCCUACACUGGCUGCAUGGCACAGAUGGCUUUCUUCUUACUCCAUGGCACAGUGGAGUGCCUGCUCCUGGCCACCAUGGCCUAUGACCGGUUUCUGGCCAUCUGCCACCCCCUUCUCUACCACACUCUCAUGUCCAGGGGGAUGUGCGUACGACUGGUGGCUGUGGCCUACACCCUCAGCAUGGCCAACUCAGCCGUGCAGACCAGCAAUGUCUUCUGGCUUCCCUUCUGCGGCCCCAACAACAUCAAUCACUACUUCUGUGAUAUCCCCCCUCUGCUGCAGCUCGUGUGCACCGACACCAUCACGGCCAGUAUUCUCUACAUCUUCUCCGCCCUGGACAUGACCACCUUGACCAUCAUCCUGGUGUCCUACUGCUACAUCCUGGUCACUGUUGGGAGUAUGAGCUCAGCAGAGGUCCGCCGGAAGGCCCUGUCCACCUGUGCCUCCCACUUCACAGCCAUCUUCCUCUUUUAUGGCACAGUCUUCUUCAUGUACAUCAAGCCCAGAGCAGCAGACUCAAUGGAUCAGGACAAGGUCAUCUCAGUGUUCUACACCAUUGUCAUCCCCAUGUUGAACCCCCUGAUCUAUAGCCUGAGGAACAGGGAGGUAAAGGACUCCCUGAAAAGGAAGAUCUGUGGGAAGAUAUUUCCUUAA